UCGGUUGCUCGCCGUCAGUCCGUUUUAGUGCGCCGAAGGAGCAAGUCCAGAUUUUUCUCUGAUCCAGCAGCGGCCCCCGAGAGUGUAGUAGUAGUCUUCAGCACCACACACGUUUGAUUUUUUGUUUGAUAAGAUAAACAACAGUACGUGCAAACAAUGGCCUCAGGAGUAACCGUAUCAGAUGUUUGCAAAACGACAUACGAGGAAAUUAAAAAAGACAAAAAACAUCGCUAUGUCAUAUUCUACAUCCGGGACGAGAAACAGAUCGACGUGGAGGUGAUCGGUGACCGCAACGCCGAAUACGACCAAUUCCUCGAGGACAUUCAGAAGGGUGGACCGGGCGAGUGCCGAUAUGGACUGUUUGACUUUGAGUACAUGCACCAGUGCCAAGGUACCUCGGAAAGUUCCAAGAAGCAGAAGCUCUUCCUGAUGUCGUGGUGUCCAGAUACCGCCAAGGUCAAGAAGAAGAUGUUGUACUCCAGCUCCUUUGACGCCCUGAAGAAGUCGCUGGUCGGCGUUCAGAAGUACAUUCAGGCUACCGAUCUCUCUGAAGCAUCCCGGGAAGCUGUCGAAGAGAAGCUGCGCGCCACAGAUCGUCAAUAAGAUUAUCCUUACUUAAGAUUACGCACACCAGAAAAAAAAAAACAACCAACAAAACUCAUUCAUACAACAACAACAACAAACACACGAACACAACAAUGAAACACUCCAAGAAAACAACAGCAACAUCAAUAAGCGAAGCAUUAGUACAGAGCAAAAACUUUGAACAACAAUAACAUCAACUGAAGGUGAAAAAUAAGCAAAAACAUUUAAAUACUACUGGAAAAAACUUUAAGAAAAGAAAAAUAAAAACAUCUAACUAAGGAUUAAAAAAAUGGACAAUUCAGCUGUAAUGGAUUGGAAAAGCAUGUGUCAGUCAAGAGUCAGCCAAACCAACAAAAAACGCAUCUCUUUCGAUUUCUUUGUUGUCUUGGGUGGUUGGAUGGAAUGUCCUUCUUCGCGUUCGAUCAGGUAUUAUUGAAAGGAAAUUGGGAACCUGAAGCGACAAUCAGGAUGGCAGCAGCCGCAUAAUCCAACAACAUCCUGUAGCCCGGUAUGGCUCCACGAACUUCCAAAGAAUGUUGGGGCAACAUUUUGAUGCUUCAAAGUGGUGGUUUCGGAGGGGUCGAAGAAGGGAUUCUUGCGAAGGUAAGUCGCGCCGUUGUCGUCUCUAUUGUCGGUUUCCAAUUAUUCUCGAUUUCCAAUUUCUUAUGUGUGUGCGUUCGAGGUCAUCAUCAGGAAACAAAUGAUUAAAUAUUGAAAUAGAAAAACGAACAAUCGUAUUACAGUUAUGAAUAAUUUAAAUUAAAACAAUACAAUACUAAUAAAAAUGACUGUAA